AUGGCUUUUUCUUCAACACUCAUUAAAAUCUUCAUUAUUUCUCUUUUUCUACAAUACAACAAUGUCCAUUCACAAUAUUCACAAUCACCACAAGCGCCACAGUUCGAAUCCGUUGCUUUCACCUUAACACGAUUCGAGGUGGAAAACCCCGACAUAUUCCUCCAGGCAGAUGCCUCAAUCUCUGGUGGAGUUCUAAGACUAACAAAAACCGACCAAUAUGGUAAACCACUCCAAAAGAGCGUUGGACGUGCAACGUAUCUUACACCAAUUCACAUAUGGGAUAAAAACAGUGGAGAGUUAGCCGAUUUCUCCACUGUUUUUUCCUUCAUAGUGAAUACAAAUAAUUCUCAACUCCAUGGAGACGGAUUUACCUUCUUUAUUGGACCACUUAGUUUCGAAUUACCUAAAAAUUCUAGUGGAGGCUAUCUCGGUCUUUUCAACCCAGAAACCGCGCUUAUUCCAACUCAAAAUCCAAUAAUAGCUAUUGAGUUUGAUAGUUUCACAAAUGGCUGGGAUCCUGCUUCACCAUCUCAGUAUCCUCACGUUGGAAUUGAUGUUGGCUCUAUUGAUUCAGUUGCAACUACGUCUUGGCCUAUUAACUUUGUGCCCAAAAAUGCUUUAGGAGAAGUGAGUAUAAACUAUAACUCCGAAUCUAAAACACUGAAAGUGUCUGUGGCUUAUCCUGGGACUGGGAGGAUUCCAACUAGUGUCUCAUUUGUUGUUGAUUUGAGGAGUGUUCUACCUGAAUGGGUUAGAGUUGGUUUUUCUGCUGCUACUGGAGAAUUGGUUGAAACACAUGAAAUCAUUAAUUGGGGUUUUGAAUCAGCUUUGUAA